AUGCCCCGUGCCUUCCUCGUCAGGAGUCGGCGUCCACAGCCACCUAACUGGGGCCACCUGCCUGACCAACUUCGAGGAGACACCUAUGUCCCAGGUGGGCCCCUCACUGGGCCCGGAGGUGCGGGGUAGGGGAGACACAAAGUAUUACUCUGGCUUCUCUCCUCAGACUGCAACAGCCUUGGGGGGCCACCAGCACAUCAAUCUUCCAGCCUCGGGGAUCCUUGGGCAGCGCCCAUGCAGGGCACUCUCGCUGCCACUCCCAGGGGCCCUGGGACACUUGGCUGCCCACUCUGCCCCAAGACCUUUCCACUGCAGCGCAUGCUGACUCGACACCUCAAGUGCCACAGUCCUGCACGCCGCCACGUGUGCCGCUGUUGUGGCAAGGGCUUUCACGAUGCCUUCGACCUCAAGCGCCACAUGAGGACUCACACUGGGAUCCGGCCAUUCUGCUGCAGGGCUUGUGGGAAAGCAUUUACACAACGCUGCUCACUUGAAGCGCAUCUUGCCAAGGUGCACGGGCAGCCAGCCAGCUAUGCUUAUCGUGAGCGCCGUGAGAAGCUGCAUGUAUGUGAGGACUGUGGCUUCACCAGCUCGCGGCCUGACACCUAUGCACAGCACUGCGCCUUGCACCGCUCUGCUUGAGACCGCACCAAGUAAUCAGCCCGUGAGAGGCAAAUAAAUCAGGAAAUGUACGCAAAGAA